AUGGAGCUGUGUUCUGAUCUCUUCAAAAAGCAUGUGCUUGGCGAAGUGCAGGCGUACGUGUAUGUUAUUGAGUUUCAAAAGCGCGGACUGCCACAUUGUCACAUGCUCUUGAUAAUGAAGGAAAGAUGGAAAGUCCGCACACCUGAAGAGUGCGACCGUGCAGUGACCGCCGAAAUUCCGAACCCAGAAACGGAACCGGAGCUUCACGCUGCUAUCACGUCCUACAUGAUACAUCGCCGGUGUGGUCCAGCAGACCCUCAGUCUCCAGAUUCCCAAAAUCUUUGCGUCACCAUACACAGUGAUGAAUGGGUCGUUCCGACGAAUCCAUAUCUGAUCAUGAAAUAUGACUGCCAUAUUAAUAUGGAAAUAUGCGGGAUGAUCUCAGCUGUGAAAUAUCUCUACAAGUACGUUUACAAGGGGCCAGAUCGAGCAAAUAUCAACAUCGAAGGUGCAGGCGAAAAUGAUGAGAUAAAACAACACCUAAACACAAGAUAUGUCUGUGCCCCACAGAGUCUAUACAGAAUUUUCGGAUUUCCACUUCAGGAUAGGUCGCACACCGUGUGCAUUUGCCGGACUUUCACACCGUCUACUUCGCGGAAGUUAAACGCUCGGUGUGCCCAGGUCUUCACUUCGGGACGGCACUUCAAGGCCACCCCGAAUUCACAGUAG